UUGCUUGGAGGUGGGAAAUAGCAUUAAGCACCCCCCUCUUAGAAGAGUUUUUCUCUCAUCCUCUUCCUGCCCCCUCCCCCUUCUCCACCCUUAGUGCCCCAACACUUCCUUCCCCACUGACUGACAAGACAGUAGCACCCAAACCCCAAGCCUCCCAGGCCUCCAACCUUUGGAAAAGAAGGUCUUCCCAAUGGCCACCAACAUCACAGCCCCUGAUGCAAAUUCAUCCAGUAUAAUGUUCAUCACGUCCCUGUCCAUCAUACUGCUCUCACUGGCCCUGGCAUUGGGACUUCCAGGAAACAGCUUUGUGGUGUGGAGUAUCCUGGUCCAAAUGCGACGUCGCUCUGUCACUGCCCUUUUGGUCCUGAACCUGGCACUGGCUGAUCUGGCGGUGCUGCUUACUGCGCCCUUCUUCCUCCACUUCCUGGCCAAGGGAACCUGGUCCUUUGGCCUGGCCGGUUGCCGCCUCUGCCACUACACCUGUGGAGUCAGCAUGUAUGCCAGUGUCCUUCUCAUCACAGCCAUGAGUGUCGACCGCUCCCUGGCUGUGGCUUGCCCUUUCAUUUCUCAGAAAUUCCGAACCAAGGCAGUUGUCUGGAAAGUCUUGGGGGGCAUCUGGGUGGUUUCUUUCUUUCUGGCAGUACCUGUUAUCGUGUACCGACAAGUGGUACAUAAAGAGCCAGACAGAGAGAUCUGUGUUCCCAUUUACUCCACUCUUGGCCACGUGGCCUUUCACUUGCUGUUUGAGUCCAUCACAGGCUUUGUGCUGCCCUUUAUAGCCAUUGUUGGCAGCUACUCAGACAUCAGUCGGCGGCUUCGAGCCACCAAAUUCCACCGGAGACGCCGCACCGGACGCCUAGUGGUGUUGAUCAUUUUGACUUUUACUGCUUUCUGGCUGCCUUACCAUGCUGUGAACUUUGGAGAGGCUUCCAGGGCCCUGGGUGGGUAUAAAAUAGGGGAGGGCUCUGUAGGACAGCGGCUGAAGUUGGCCCGCUAUGUUCUUAUUGCCUUAGCCUUUCUGAGUAGUAGUCUGAACCCUCUCCUGUAUGCUUGUGCUGGUGGUGGGCUACUCCGCUCAGCUGGGGUAGGCUUUGUAGCCAAGUUGCUUGAAGGCACUGGCUCAGAGUUAUCCACCACCCGGAGGGGCACCCAGGUUCAAUCACCCUGUAACAACCCCAACAGUCCUCUGGAACCUGGCCCAGCAGAGACCAUGACUCUCUCCACCAAUCCCACUGACUGAACUACAGAGUAAGACCUGCGUGGUUGGGGCGGGCCUGUGCUGGGGUCAGCUUUCUUGUUCCCAGGGAUGACUGAAGCAAAAUGCUGUCUCAUACCAGCUCAGUCAUUUCCCCUGGGGGACAUAGAGUCAGAGGAACCUCUCAGUUUGGACUGACAGUCUGUUUAUAUAGGAGAUGAAUUGACACAGGCUGUGGGACAACAGGAGAAGAAAUGGAAAAAAGAUAAAUGACAGAAUAACCACAUUCUGAUUUGUCUCCUCAUACAGCUUUUAAAAUUAAAAAUGAAAGUCUGAAAACAUG